CAACAACAACAACAACAACAACAACAAUCCCAACAAUCCAACUACACCAAAACAACACAGAAAUCGCUUCCUUUUGCUCUCCCACAACCCUGCGCUGGUCUAGCUCGGCGUCCAGGGUUCUACUUCAUAUAUUUUAUCUACCCUCCUCUUCUCCUCGUUGCCUUGUAAUUCAAGUCAGAUAAAGAGGGGAAAAAAAAAAAAAAGCAAGCAGGCCAUCACAAUCGGUGUGGAGGUGUGUAUGCUCGAUCCCCUCGUUUAUCUGACCCUGCUCUCAUCUCCUAUGCGAUUUUGAUGUCAUCAUUCUGGAAAAAAAAAAAAAAAGAAACGAAUGGAAUUGAAUUGAAUCAUCCCUGACAUAGCCUCCUAGAUGUCUCCGGAUGUUGUUGGCGUUGACGUCAAUGGAGACCGAGACGUCGACAUCGAUCCCCACGAAGCGGAUCGCCAGCUGCAGCGUUCGCUUGAAUUGAGCUGCAGCUCCCCCGAUCCCACCUCCUAUUCGCGAAAGCAUGGACGCCCCUCACGGAUCACCAGGAGCCUCAGUGUGGAAUCCGAUUUUUUUUCGGAAGUGUCUGGGCAGUUUGAUGAUGCCGAGGAAGCCCAUUCUCCACUUCCGCCGCCUACCCCGAUCACAGGUGCGAGUGCGAAUGCUUCGCCGUCGUCGUAUUCCGUUAAGCGACGCCGAUCGAAUGACUGGCCGAAUCAACAACCCCCAGCAAAUGAUGAGGCACCCUCGCGCCGGGAAACCAUCGCUUAUCGGCAGCUCUGGCCGUUCCAGCAUCAUGGCAAGCCCUCGGGCUCGGCCCAUGGGUCGCCGCGAUCACCGAGACCCGGGCGUUCAGGCCGCCGGUCUCGGUUUGUUGAGGGGCAUAUGAAUGAUACUGUGAGCGAGAAGCCUCCGAGUAUCUUCCUACGCGACGGAACAAUGGCAGGCAUACAGAACGAGACGGCACGGAGUUCGAGUAGACAGUCUGGGAUCUUCCGGUUUGGGAAGGCCAUUGCCUCGGCGUUUCACCCGUUCGCGGGGAGUUGGAGUAAUAUGUCUGAGAUCUGGAAGGGGCCGCAAGAGGGGCAUCGCGGGCAGGAGACGGCGAAUGAUCCGCUCAGUCAGGCCGAGAGGGCUUAUGAGGAGUUGAAGCGGUCGGGAUAUAAAGGCACGGUUAAGGGUCGCUAUAUGCAAAGUCUGCAAGCCGCGGAGGCCGGUCUUCCUGAUCAAACCUGGAAGUCUAUCCAGGAGAAGAUGGAAUACAGUAGUAGUAGUAGUAGGGGUGGAGGCGGACAGCAUUCGCGACAGCACUCUGGGUACGGUCCUAGCAAUGAGUCUGUCACGGGCAGUUCGAGCUCAUUGCGUCCAUCGUUCCCGGAUCUGCGAAAGGCCAAGUCAUCACUUGGGAUUCCGUCUAUGAAACGGGCGGAUGGUACGUCUUCUGUCCGGCAGCAUGUCGACGGGGAGGACCAGGAAGUGCGACACCAAAAGUCCCGCAAGGAUAUGCAGCGCCAGGCUAAGCUGCUUAAGCGGGUCAGUGACCUUCAGGACAAGCUUGACCGAGCCCAGCGGGAGCUCCGGGAACUCACAGGCGACGACGAGCUACUCAUGCGCAGUCUCCAGGGAGAUAAGUUCUACCCGAAGAGGUUUGUUCCGGGAGCUCUUCCGUCGCUGCCAUCAGAGCGACUUCUCAACGAUCGUGCGCCAACACCGGAGUGUACAACACCACUGAACCCGCCGCUCCCAGAGGGUGCUAUCACUACUCAGGAAAUAGCUGUGAAAGUACGAGAACGGGCAGAUGCCAAUGACGGCAGACCCAGAAAUGUUACCCCGAGGCGUUCCAAUUCCAAUCCAGGGCUUCUUCGGGCGGACUCCCGAUCUCGAACCCCACACAGCCCGUCUCGCAAACGCAAGUCCCCAGACCCAGAAUCCCGAAAACCAGCACCCUCCGAUGAACAACAACAGUCCUCGAACCCAUCAAGGUCUGAGACCCUAGCACCCCCGACAAGACCACCACCUCCAAUCCCCCCAUCAACCGAAGCAGCAGCAACGACACCCUCCCGCAAAGCCAAACUACCCAAGACCGCCCGCGGUGACAGCCCAGGCUCCGUCGAGCGUAAACAAAAGUCAAGACCGAGCCCAGCCGCCAGCGAGAACGGUCGUGCACCCGGUGAAGAACGAGCAAGCCGGCCGCUGCGUUCUGCAAACCUGCGCAACCGAUCGGUGACGCCUGUGCUGCGGAUGAAAAAGGGGCGUGGGGAUUUACGGUCUGCAUCGCAUAUCCACGAACCCGACGAGAACAAGGAGAACCAGCACCACCAGGAUGAUAUGGACGAAACCGGCCAGAUGCUUGACCAGCACACGAACCAACAGGAAGAUCCCGAAGCGGACCAGAAUCACCCGACUCCCACGCCUAGAAGCAGAAGGGCUAGAUAUGAGUACAUUCCGCCUGUGCCUCCGCUUCCGAAGGACCUUGCAGCCACAGCAGCCAAGGUUGAUCGCCGACUCGCCAAGGAGAUGGGUAGGAGACGAGUACAGGUGAGGAACCCAGGCGGAGAUGAGAAUUUCCAGUGGCCGGAAGAUAUAUUCUAGCCUCUUUUUUUUUUUUUUUUUUCUUUUCUUCCUUUCUUCUCUUCCUUCGGCUUUUCCUUUACGUCCGGGUUGUUCAUCCUGUUCGAUUCUUUUCAUGUGAAUGUGAUCUAGGAGGAAAGAUUGGAUUGGAUUGAUCAGGACACAAGCGUGUGCCAAUUCUGUCUGUUAUGAUACGAUGUAAUGAGUUAUGACUAUGAAUGACCUUUUUUUCACUUUGACUUCUUAACCUGAGCAUCAUAGUAGUAG